AUGGCUAUAACUGCAUUACAUUUUAGCGCUCUACUGUUAGAGCUCCACAAGCGUUGCUUCAAAGCUGUGCCACCUUUGCAGCAUUCUCAUGCAUCAUGGAGGGGCUCAAAUAAGCAGCAGGCUGCAAUGGCUCGCACACUUGGCAGGACUGCCGUGACGGUCGUGCAUGAGAAAGGCGGUGUUCUGCCCCCGUUCACGCUUCCACCAAUUCUUGAUGCAUCUGAUGCUUUAGCUUCAUGCUGCUUAGCGUUAGUAAAGCCUAAGCACUGGACUACAGAAUAG